AUUGCUCCGUGACUCUUCACGUUGAGUGUUUUGAUGAAACACCACAGAGAAUUCAUGCUUGGCUGCUGAUGACAUCUGUCUGGUUCCACUAUGGAAGAAAAUUCCCCCAAAGACCUGCUCUUCAAGGACCAGGAUUUCUCCUCUGAGCUGCUAAAGCAGCUCAACGUUUUGCGGCAAAACAGAAUCCUAACUGAUGUCAUUCUGUGCACUAGUGACAUUGAAAUUCCUUGCCAUAGGAAUGUUCUUGCUUCAAGCAGCCCAUACUUCAAAGCAAUGUUCUGCAACAACUUUAAAGAGAGUGGUCAAGAAAAAGUCAACCUCAAAGGCAUUGACUCAGCCAUUCUCCAUUCUAUUAUAAUUUAUGUUUACACAGGAGAGGUUCUCAUGACGGCAGAGAAUAUUUUGUAUCUUAUGGAGACUGCUUCCAUGCUCCAAUAUACAAAACUCUUUGAGGCCUGUUCGGCCUACCUCCAGGACCAACUUACCCCAAACAACUGCCUCAGCCUCAGUAGACUCUCAGAAAUCUUGCACUGUGAGCAUCUCAACAAGAAAGCCAAAGCAAUGGCCCUGAAGUGUUUCCCUGAAGUAGCCACAUCCGAAGACCUGAAAGAACUUUGCGCCUUGGAGUUGAUAGACUAUCUUGGAAGUGAUGAACUCUGUGGAGAGGAGGAACAGGUUUUCGAGGCUCUUAUGAUUUGGGUGAGGCAUGACCUGCAGGCACGUCGAGGCUACAUCCAAGACUUGUUCAAGAAGGUAAGGCUUCAAUACGUCCAUCCAACAUUUUUCUUCCACUUCAUCGCCAAUGACUCUCUAAUUCAGUCAUCCCCUGCAUGUAGAAAUAUCCUGGAGCUGGCCAAUAGGCAGAUGUUUUCUUUGUACAGCAUCAAUGCUCCUGAUGUUAAACCUAUGUGGCAUGUUCCUCGGAGAUAUUCAUACCGGGAAUUCCUCCUUCUGGUCGGUGGCCGCAAAGACAACCAACAGACGACAAGGGAUGUCUUGCUGUAUGAUGAGAAGACAAACCACUGGUUGAGUCUUGCCAAAUACCCAACACGUCUCUACAAGGCCUCUGCAGUGAGCUUGCACAGUAACGUUUAUCUCCUCGGAGGCAUUCCCAUAGGGAAUGGGAAGGAUCACGUCACCGACAGUGUUCAUAUCUUCUCACUCAAACUGAACCAGUGGAGGUUGGUAGAACCCAUGCUAAUUCCACGCUAUUCCCACAGGAGCAUCGCCUACAAAAAUUACGUCUUUGCCAUUGGAGGCAUCGGGGAAAACCAGGAAAUCUUAAAUUCCAUGGAAAGGUAUGAUAGCAUCUACAACAUUUGGGAACACAUGACAAAUAUGCCCGUUGCUGUUCUUCAUCCCGCUGUGGCUGCCAAAGACCAAAGAAUCUAUCUCUUUGGAGGGGAAGACAUGAUGCAAAACCCUGUCCGGCUCAUACAGGUAUACCACGUGUCUAGGAACAUGUGGUUCCGAAUGGAAACCAGAAUGGUCAAGAACGUUUGCGCGCCAGCGGUUGUGAUUGGAGACCGGAUUUAUAUUGUUGGAGGGUAUACCAGGCGAGUCAUUGCUUACGACACUAAAGCAAAUACAUUUGUGAAGUGUGCAGACAUGAAGGACAGGCGGAUGCAUCACGGGGCUGCGGUGAUCAAUGAGAAGCUGUAUUUGACUGGAGGCCGCUGCCUUACUAUCGACAAUGCCAUCGAAGACUCGGAUGCGCUCGAAUGCUAUGACCCCAAGACAGACACCUGGGCUUCAAAGGGGAAGCUACCGCACCAACUGUUUGACCAUGGAUGCCUUGCACUGCAGUGUGUGCCUUACACUAAUGUCUUGUGAGAGGGGGAAUGUUUUCCCAAAGCAGAAAGCCCAGACUGCGAACUACAUGGAGAAUAUCAGUAAACUCCUGCCAAGGAAGCCAACAAAAAAGACUGAAGGAUCGGCUAGAGAUGUUAGCGUGUCAGUUGGUUCCC